UCGUCGGCGUCAGGUGGCGCCGGCUCCGGGGCCAUCCGGGACGAGCCGGCCGGUCGGCGGUUCCGAGGGGACUGCCGGAGAUAGAAGAGGAAGGAGACGCCGACGAGCGCCAGCUCUUCGGGAUACGCCCUGGUGGACGGCGGUGCGGUUCGACCUCUCGGGAUAGGAGUCUUCAAAGGAGUCCUUGAGGAUAGUGGUGCGGGUCGAGUUCUCGGGACAAGCGUCUUCGAGGAUAGCAGGGCAGGUGGAGCACCCAGGACAGACGUCUUCGGAGGAUUCCUCGAGAUAAGCGUCCACUCCCGGGAUCCGGUGCCCCCGGGUCCAGGAAAUAAUCGGCGGUAAGAGAGAGAGUCUUCCUCGGGGUCUUGGCCGGUGAAAGGGUCCGGGUAAGAUGUCCGACAGCGAGGACACUGAGGGCUCCUGCGGGGAGUGGCCGGUGACGAAGGAGUGGCUGGAGACCCUCCUGACGGCGCACCACGGCGAGGGCUCUGCCGCCGUCGUCGAGGACUUCACGGUGCGGCCCGGGUGUACGGCCGGCGAGAGCGUCCUCAGUGACAUCCUGGCGGUGACCGUCGAGUACCGCACCAAGCCCGAGGACGCGCGUAACGAGCUUAGCGUCAUCGUUAAGUUGCUGCCCCAGGACCCGUUCGGCAGGUUCUUCGUCACGGAGGCGCAGUUCGACCUGCGGGAGAUCAAGUUCUACACCCAGGUGGUUCCCGACCUGGAGGCGUUCCAGAAGAGGCAGCUCUCGCCCACGGCCGCCGCCAUCGAGAUGCCGAUCCCCGCGUGCGUUCACGCGCACUACAGUCCCGGUGGAGGCACCGAGGAGAGCCCGGAGCCUCCGGAGUCGUUCCUGGUCCUGGAGAACCUUCGACCGCGAGGCUUCGAGGGCGCCGAAUUCUCCAGAGGGCUCACCCUGAGACAGGCUGAGGCCGCCCUGAGCGCCGUGGCGUGCCUCCACGCUCUGUCGCUCGCCCUCAAGGUGAAGGAGGGCCAGGCCCUCUCCGAGAGGUACCCCUUCCUCUUCCAGACGGCCAGGGCGACCGACUCGUACCAGCAGCUCGUGGAACGCGGGCUGCCCCAGCUGGCUCGCUUCCUGGAGCGAAGGCCCGGUCUGGAGGCCGUUCUCGAGGCCCUCCUCGCCCUCCGACCCCGCACCAAGGAGAUCAUCGCCGCCCUCCUAGCGCCCGAGGACCCGCUCGCCCUCAUCACGCACACCGACUUCUGGUGCAACAACCUCCUCUUCAAGGACGCCGAGGACGGCUCCUGCAAGUGCGCUAUCCUCGACUGGCAGAUGGUCACCUACAGCCGGCCGACGAACGACGUGGCGCUCCUCCUGGUGAGCUCGGUGCCGACCGAGCUGCGCAGAAGGCACACCCCGGCGCUCCUCGACAAGUACUGGGACGUCCUGACCACCACGUGCCGCAGCCUCGGCCUCGACGUGCCCGUCGACCUCGGAUACACCAGGGAGGACCUCGACCGCGACUACAGGAGGUCGCAACUCCUCGCCCUGCUGCUCUGCAUCGGCUCGGUGGACGUCGCUCUGGGCGACCCCCUCACCGAGCAGCGGCUCAUCGACGUCCUGGAGGAUCUCCACAACGAUGGCAUCCUGUCGGGAGAGGUGCCGGGGCCGGGUGACGAAUCCACGGUGACUGCGGCCGAUGCUUAGAGGAUCUCUUCUUGUCCGACGUUGGUUGAGAUCCUGGACUUGUCCAUGGAGGGUAUCUUCUCGUCCAACGUUGGUCGAGGUCCAGGACCUAUCCAUGGAGGGUCUCUUCUCGUCCAACGUUGAUCGAGGUUCAGGACCUACCCAUAGAGGAUCUUCUUCUCAUCCAACGUCGGUCGAGGUCCUGGAUCGGCCCUUAAAAGGUCUCUUCUCCCCCAACGCCGAGUCAAGUCCGGGAAGGAAGAGGAACCGCUAGAAGACGAGUAGUACGGGGACGGAUCCGCCGCGUAUGUCGGCGGCUAAAACAGGCCGUCUAUCGUAACGUGCAUGUCGAGCGAGGACCUAGCGGCUUUCAGCGUGCUUGUAACGCGCGACAGAGCUUCUUGCGAGUGAUAACGAUCCGAACGGUAUAUUUAUAAUCGGGCUGGCGAAACGCGCGCGUGAUAUUAUUACCCAUCUAUGCCGUAGGAAACGCGUGUCGUCGGGCGACGUGCGGCGGUCGGGAACGGGAACGGUGAGAUUCCGAGGCAGGCGUCCUAUAUUUGCAUUCGUCCCUUUGAUCGAUCGUGAUAUAUCGCACGCGCGGCUUAAUCUACGCUGUGCGAACGCUCCUCGAGACCCCUUCGAUUGAAUCCUCAUACGCAUUGACAUGUAUCACUUUUCUUUGUACAAAUUGGUCGAAUAAAGUAUUAUAUCUUUACUACUAUGUACCAUCGUGAAUUAAGAUUGGUCGCGGGGUCGUCGCGCGUGAUAUCGACCGGUAGGAAUUGACCUUGUGACGGUGGAAAGAGAGAAAAAAAAAAAUAAUAAGAAGAAACACCUCCUCGCGGUUAUUGUGAUAAGACGUUUCGACUCCACGAAGAUGUCCCUCGGCUGUACCCCCUUACCGCGCAAAUAUGCACUUAGUAUUUUUCAUUACGGCGCAAUUGAAUCCUGCAGUUGUCUCAACGUUUUAUUAUGUAUAGGCACAUCAAUAAAUGUUU